ACAAAUUAAUCUUCUUCUUCUUUCCCUUUUCCCCUCACUCACAGCCACAAGCAGCGCGACCGUCCCCACGAAACCUUUACCACCGCUUCGAGCGACGGCCACUCUCCUUCACGGCCAGAUCUGUGACGGAGACACGAUUCCGACAGCGAGAUUCGAUCCACGAGCAGCGUUUUCCAGCAGGCAACGCGAACACGUUGUGACAAUAUAAAGACCCACGAACCAGCGUCAGUUUCAUUUCGUUGUGAGCUUUGGACAUUGAACCGCGUUUUGUACGGCCUCAAAUUGGUUUACCCACAACUUGUUUCAGAUCUGCAAGUUUGGACAUUUUCGAACACCAACAAGCAAGUUUGGUUAGAUUCGGACUUGCUACAUGUUACCAAGAAGUUUAAAAUAAACCUCUUGCAAAGUCAUACACUUGAUCCUCAUAUCGAGUAUAUUCUGCACAAAAGCGCGUGCCUUGUAGAACUCACUAAACAAUGGGUGAUUACCACUUCGUGUAUAAGGAUGUUGAAGGAGCCUCCACUCAGUGGGAUGACAUUCAGAGAAAGCUGGGAAACCUACCUCCGAAGCCUGCUCCAUUCAAGCCACCAGCAUUCACACCUGCCCAAGAUGAGGCAUCCGUCCCCAAAGACAAGUCUUGGAUAGACCAGAAGAAUGAAGAGGAGCUUGAGGAGCUUGAGGAUAACCUAGAUCUUGAUGAUGACAACUUCCUCCAAGAGUAUAGGAAGAAGAGGUUGGAAGAGAUCAGAGAAGCAGCUAAAAUCUCUAAAUUUGGAUCAGUAAAUGCAAUAUCAGGAUCGGAUUUUGUGCGAGAAGUUUCACAGGCUCCAUCUGAUGUUUGGGUUGUCGUUAUUCUCUACAAAGAAGGAAUCCAGGAAUGUGAUGUGUUGAUGAAUUGUUUGCAAGAACUUGCCGCAAGAUAUCCAGCUACAAAAUUUGUUAAAAUAAUAUCCACAGAUUGCAUUCCCAACUACCCAGAUUGUAAUCUUCCUACCUUGUUAGUUUACAACAAUGGUGCAGUGAAAGCAAAUUACGUGGGCCUUCGAAGUUUCGGCAGAAGAUGCACGCCAGAAGGUGUUGCCUUAGUUCUUUGUCAAGCAGAUCCAGUGCUUAAUGAUGGUCAGUCUGGAAAUGAUGAUGGAUCAAGAAAAUCGGUGCUUGAAGGUGUAUGCAGAAAGAUAAUUGAGAGAGUGGUGAGAGAUCACGAAGAUGGGAAUGACGACGGGUAUUCGAGUGAUUAGUUUUUGAAUCAUUUGCCGCUGCCUUUUCUAACGCCCUGUUUUUAAGUUGGAGGUUGAAAAGUAAUGUUUGGUUAUAAUUUGUGGUCUUACGCAAUGUGCAUGUGCAUUCCUGUUUCUAUCAGACGUUGUGUUAUCUAAUGACUGCUUAUGUGAUGUAUUGAAGUCAAGUUUUGGAGGUUCAACGAUUUUGGUAUGUAGGCAAUAGGCAUCCCCUAUGUGCUUUGCUGGAAACUUCAGGACCAGACCUGAGGAUUUAAUGAAAAAUAGUUGUGUAUUGUGUUUUUACUA